AUGACCUCCAGAGCAAGGCUGGGGCCAAAUGCGUCGGUCAGGAGCGGCAUGACCCUGGCAAGAAAUUCGGGACUGUGGCACCCGCCCACUUGCAGCGCUGCCGAGCCAAUAGGGAGAUGCGAUAGGUAUGGGUGGGGAGGCCUCGAUAAGGACGCGAUGGGAGCGAGCAAAAAAUCAGGCACUGGUUCCGGUGACGGGCACUUUGGUUUGAAUUGGUGCUGCGGGCCACCCACUCAAGCCCCAGCUGAGCACCCUCCAAGCAGCCACCAGUUCAUGUCAGAAAUGGUCCGGGCAGCCCAUUGCCAAAAGGAUCCCGCUGGGGUGAGCUGUCAUGAGUCGAGAAUUGCCUCGCCAGGCUUGGGUUGA